UCCAGAACGGAGCGGGAGAGGAGCCAUUCUCCGAAGUGGUCGAGACUGCAUCGUCCACGCACCAAUUCGUUGCUGCACGCGUUUGCCUGAACUCACCGGUGCUAACAUUCCACGGCGGCAUUGCCGCCACUUUGCAGCGAGCAAGGCAGGGCUUUAGAUUUUGUCACAAUCUUCUGGUGUGAGAGUCGUCGUGGGUUUUGGUGCCAUGGCAGCCGCGUUGGCUUCGCAGCGAACUUGGUUGCCUAGCUCCAGCGUCGGGCCCUUUCGAGGCUCUUUUGCGACUGCGCCAGCGUCGUCUCCUAGGGUGCUUGGGGUGCCGAGGAAAUUUGCAGUGGAGUCCGGGAAAUGGGAGGUUCUAGUGAGGAAUGUUAGGGCUCAGUCGUCCACUGUGACCGUCCCGGCUCGUACUCUCUCAAUUCCGCAGGUCUUGGAGCAGCUCAUUCAAGGGACGAACUUGACCCAAGCUCAAACAGAGGAGGUGAUGGAGACUCUCCUUGCUGAUGCCAACCCUGCAAUUAUUGGUGCUUUUCUGGCGCUGCUACGAGCCAAGGGAGAAACUUUAGAUGAAGUUACAGGGCUUGCAAGUGCGAUGCUUAGUCGUGCAAUACCUGUGCGAACUGUCCCAGGAUCCUUGGAUAUCGUGGGGACGGGAGGGGAUGGAGCGAACACCGUAAACAUAUCCACAGGUUCUUGUAUCCUGGCAGCAGCUUGUGGAGCUAAAGUUGCGAAGCACGGAUCUCGGUCGAGCUCGUCAGCUUGUGGAAGUGCGGAUGUGCUCGAGACUCUUGGUGUUGCUAUCGAUCUAGGGCCCGAGGGAGUGGCAAAGUGUGUAGAAGACGUUGGAGUUGGGUUUAUGUUUGCUCCAACAUACCAUCCAGCAAUGAAAGUUGUGGCGCCUGUUCGUAGAUCUCUUAAAAUUAAGACAGCUUUCAAUAUUCUUGGUCCGAUGCUCAAUCCUUCUCGUGCACCUCACUCCAUUGUUGGUGUUUAUCAUGAUAAUCUGGUGGAAAAAAUGGCAAAGAUUCUGCAACAUUUCGGCACUAAGCGGACACUAGUAGUUCAUUGCCAUGGGUUGGAUGAGAUGAGCCCGCUUGGGGGUGGACGCGUUCUGGAAGUGACACAAGAUAAGAUUGAGAGCUUUGUGUUUGAUCCUCUGAACUUUGGGAUACCUAGGUGCACACUUGAAGACCUGAAAGGUGGAAACGCCGAUUUCAAUGCUAAGUCCUUGAGGAACGUCUUCGCUGGAGAACCGGGGCCUAUAGCUGAUUCAUUGAUUUUGAAUGCGGCAGCGGGUAUCAUGGCCUGCGGACUAGUGAAGGAUUUGGGUGAGGGUGUUUCUCUGGCACGCGAUGUGCUACGAUCAGGCAGAGCGAAUACUGUGCUGGAUAACUGGAUAAGUCUAUCUCAAAAACUGAAAGCAGAAGAGGUAUCUGAGUGAACACGUAUUCUACAUCCUCGGAGAGGCUUGCAUGAGGAGUCUGGUCUAGUUUGCGAUGGGAGCUGACACAGGAAACUCAGUUGGAAAGUUCAUUGUUACUUUGGAUUUCAUUCGUCAUUAGUCUACGGCUUUUGCGACUCCAGUUUCGGCAAUUUUGAAAUACAUACAAUGCAAUUAUUUUUUGAUUCUCAGUAUUAUUCAUUUGAUGUAAUAAUGCAAUCAAUUCAAAGAGAACCAUUAAACAUUGCUCCUGUAA